AUGGCACCCGUUACUCUUCCGCCUUCUUUCUACAACUCGUUCUGGUCGCCUGACUAUCGCUCGGGCCUUGAAGUGCUGUUCAAGUCGUUGGAGCAGGGCUGUCUGGAAGAUGAUGAUGUUGACGUAUUCAUCGAGUCGCAAAUACGUUCACAUAACACUCUCGCACAAUCACUCCUGAAUCCCCCGUUACCAACUACAUCGCCCGAAUCAUCAUCUUCGUUACAACAUACACUCUUAUCACUCAGAGGAGCAUCUUCGGCCAGAGGUCAAGCUCAUAGAGCCUUAGCACAAGAGUUAGAAUCGCGCGUUUUGGCGGGGUUUAGAGCUUGGAAAGAAAGACAUCAAGUAAGAGUCAAAGAAGCUAAAAAUGACAUGCUGGGUAAAGGCGGUGUUGUAAGUUUCUGGGAAAAAGAAAAUGGAAAAUUGAACAAUCUACAUCAAACUUAUAUCAAUAAAACUAGAACUGCAGAUGACAGUGAAGACGAUGCCAAAUUUGCCCCUGCAACAGCUCGUUCUCCGACUUCGGAUAAUUACACUUCAUCACCUAAAGCAAAGAGCAAAACUUCAAAUGCCAACUUACGACGAGCUGGAACAGUAGCUGAUCGAAUCUCCGAGAAACUUCGAGCUGCAUCUAUUUCAAGUAAUCCUCCAAGUGGUUCACCUUCUAGUCCCACAAGGCACAAAGGCGUUCUUUCGAUCGAUGGUAAAGAUCUACCUCCUCCACCCAGUCCUUUGAGACCUGUCAUAGGUAGUCCAGAUGGUAUGACUAGUCCCAUAAGCCCAACGAGAGAAGAAAGAUUCGUGCCUCCGACUGAACCAGACGGAAAACCAUUUAUCCAUAGUUCAGGAGGUCCACCAGUUCCAUCUAAAACACCUACAUCUCCUGCAUCCUCGGAUACUCGAGCGAAACCUAUCCUCUUAUCAGGUUUAUCUCUGUCCCCUCAAGCUCUUAAAGAUCUUCUACAACGUUUCGACGCUUAUCUACUCACCAAUCUCGCACCAUACUCAGACGCUCCUUUCGCUCCUUCAAACCGAUCAAACGCAGCCUUAGCAAGUAGACAAAGAAGUACUAUACUAGGUACUUAUGAGAAAACUUUCUCGGGUGAAGAAGUAGUCGAAUGGUUGAAGGAGAAUAUAGAAGGUUUCGGUGGUGAUUGGGAGAGAUGCGUUGAAGCCGCAGGUGAAUUGCAUAAAAUGGGUUAUUUCAGUAGAACAGGAGUAGGAAGAGGAUUUGAUUCAUCCGAAGAUACGUAUUUCGUACUAAAGAUAAACCCACAUUCAAAUUCAGCAACCAGUCAAGCUUCUGAAGCUUUAGCUUCUAUGGGGUUGACAUCACCACUCUCACCAACUUCAGCCACAAACGCCUUACCAAGCUUGUUCAAAUCUUACCUACCUUCUUCAUUAGCAAAUUCAGAUGAACCUGCUCAUGUCAGACUGAGGAAAGAAGCGAGUAAAGCUGAUGAAGCGUAUAAAGAAGGUAUUAGGAUCGCGGAAGAAAGGAGAUUGGAGAUGGAAGAAUCUAUCGAAAAGGGUCUGAGAUUAUGGGAAAGAUGGGAAAGAGAAAGAUUGGUAGCUGUAAAAACUGUUCUGAAGAAUUACGACGAAGCUCUUGCUAAAUUACCUGAGAGAUUGAAUGCGCUGCAAAAAGGUACAUCAUUGGGUGUUGAAGCUUUCAAUCCCGAAGCAGACAUCAAAGCUUUGAUAGAAGGCAAUCGAACUGGCCCGUUCCGGCCUCAUCCUCAGGUCUACGAGUCAUUGGAGACUGAUUUACCAGACGUCAAUUUCGGUAUUGAUCUUCGCAGGUGGUCAGGAGAACAUGGUUGGAAAUCGCUCGUUUCUGCCCCUCCGAGACCCAAAGGUGCAAUCCCAGUGGUUCUGAAAGCUUUAUUGAAAGCUAUGAGCGAGAUGUAUCAAGGGAUACCAGAUGAUGAACGACGCAGAUCAUGGAUUUAUGAAGUACCCCUCAACGAGACACACUUACUUCGAGCGACGAUCAAUGACCCUCACCUUUCUGUUGAAGAUCUGGUAACGAUGAUCAAGAAGUUCAACUUACCCAUUGCAGCUGGGACCGUCAAGCUAUAUCUACUUGAACUCAAUCCGCCGGUAUUAGGCUGGGAGGGUUGGGAAGAUGCAAAAGCUGUAUAUCCCGCUGUCGGAGCAGACCAGGAAAGGGACAUGACCAGUGCUGUAACUUCUGUCCUUGGCAGAUUACCUGGGUCUCAGCUUUACGUACUUGAUGCGGUGAUCAAGCAUUUCAGAGAAUUGAUAGAAUCCACUAAGAGUGCCGAGUCCAAUGAAGUUUACGUCACCAAACUCGCUCUCUCCGUUGGCCGAACGAUAUUACGACCACAACACGAAAACGAUUUGACGAUUGGUGAUCGAACUCCUUCUCUCUUCCUUGCCGAUCUAAUCAACCAGUAUACUGCUCUGUUCCCAACUUUGGUUGAGAAAAAGAAGAAAGAAUCUGAUCGAGUGAUGCCUAUCCGCAAGCGAACGGCUUUGGUGGAUCAAAGAAUAUCCAGAUCAUCUUUGAGUGGCGAGACCGAUCCUCAACACUUACUUGAAUUGCAGCACGCGAUGCAACACCCUCAAAGAGCAAUCUCUCCGAUCCCUGUCAAACAAGAAAAUGCUCCGCCUCAGAUCGCUUCAACUUUAGGAUUCGGACCCCCCCUAGAAGAUCUUAAACCUAAGGAGUCACCAAAACCUCAAGAAGAGGUAAAGGUUGUUCCUCCCACGCCAUCACCUAAGCCUGAAGAGAACCAGGAAGAUAAACCCCCGACUUUCAAAGAACCUGAAUACGACUCAAGACCUACAACGCCAACGGAAGGAUUCGUGCCUCCUGCUCAAACAACAUCGUAUAAUCCUCUUACCUCACACACUCGCUCAUCAACCCCAACGGAAAGUUUCAUUCCUCCCCCUGUUUCACAAGCUCAAGUGACCGAGUCAAGAGCACCCACACCUUCAGGAAGGGAAAGCACGGUAACGGAAGAUGAGGUAAUUGCAGGUGGGGCUGGAUCGGGUGGAUUGAAAAGGGCUACUUCGGGUGAAACUUCUCGUCUCAGGGGUCCAAGAGGUGCAAGAGGACCCAGACCUGCGGGUGCAAGAGUACCUUCUCAUACAGGUGCACCAAGUAUAACAUCCAUAGUAACUUCCUACGCUGAAGAUAGACCUGAUUCACCGAACAAUCAACAGCUCGAUAGUGCCGGAUCAGGUCUAGUGAGAAGUAGACCUGAGUCGCCUGCCGUCGGAACACCUACUUCUGGAGAUGGAUCGGCAGGAUUAAAGAGAGCUAGUAGAUCCAAUUUUGGCCAUAAAACAGGUGGAAGCGUCAGUGCUAUGGCGGCUAGAUUUGAAAACAAACAAUGA